CGUUUAUCACGCUCAUUGCGGCCUAUAGGUCCGCGGUGAGCUGUGUGCGUUGAAGCUAAGCGAUAACGCUGACCGUCACGCGGUAUCAACGCGCCAAGACGUCAUGUCAGACGUCUAUAGGACGCGAUAGGCGUGACAAACGCCAAAUUUUACGCGGUCAUAAAAAAUAUACCGUAGUACUUUUGUAUACCGUAAAAAAGCUGCGCAACGAUAACGAAACUGUCGUUAACUCCAAUAAUGAGUUGAAUCGCACUACAGGCCUCACAGUCAUAACCGUAAGAUCGGGAGAAAACUGACCAAUCACAUCAGUCGAGUAUUUAGCACAAGGAGAAUAGUCGACUGUGAUUAGUCAGUUUUCUAACAACUUUACGAUUACGAGUGAAAUUUGUAUACGUGUCUUCACGAUAAAAAGUGCAAUUGAGUUCAGUUAAAAAUUUAGAUUCUGAUAAUAUAUUGCUCAGUCAUCUAUUCACGUAUUUAGUUUACCUGAAUUAUUUAGUUAGCCUACAUAUGUUCAGUUACGAUGCUGUGUAAUGGAAAAAUGUAUCUUCCAUAUGUGGAUGUUCCAGCAAAAUUUCUAAAUAAUAUAUUUCAAAAUAAGGAACCAUGGCAAAUAGUAACUAUGACAACUACUGCUACUUUAGCUACAAUAUGGUUAUGGAACUUCAUAUUUCAAGAUGAAAGUCUUACAACACGUGCAAAAAAACAGAUAUUUAAAUUAGCUCGUUAUAUUCCUGCUAUUCAGGAUAAAAUAAAUAAGGAAUUAACGAAUGUUAAUGAAAUCUUUCAAAAAGAUGCUUUAGAUAGAUUGAAAGACCUUCAAUUUACUAUAAAGCUUCCUGCAAAAGGAUUAAGUGAUGAGGAAAUAUUAAAUAUGGUAAAACAACAUGUUUACAUAGGUGACUAUAAGUGGGAAACAGGUCAAGUAUCAGGUACAGUUUAUAGGAAUGAUGAUAAACUCGUAAGUCUUAUGGGAAAUAUAUAUGCUAUUGCAUCGUAUACCAAUCCAUUACAUCCAGAUGUUUUUCCUGGUGUUUGUAAAAUGGAAGCAGAAGUUGUUAGGAUGGCUUGUAGUUUGUUCCAUGGAGACAAUGAAGCCUGUGGAACUAUGACUACAGGUGGUACAGAAUCAAUUUUAUUAGCAUGUAAAGCAUAUAGAGACUAUGCUCGUGAAGUCAAAGGUAUAAAAAAUCCAGAAAUAGUGAUGCCAAUUACUGCUCAUUCAGCAUUUGACAAAGCUGCACAGUAUUUUAAUUUAAAAGUACAUUCUGUACCAGUCAAUCGGGAUAGUUACACAGUUUGCAUUAAUGCUAUGAAAAGAGCAAUUACAAAAAAUACAAUAAUGUUAGUAGGAUCUGCACCAAAUUUCCCCUAUGGCACAAUGGAUAAUAUUAAAGAAAUUUCUGAAUUAGGUAUGAAAUAUAACAUACCUGUUCAUGUAGAUGCUUGUUUGGGUGGCUUUUUAGCCUGUUUUAUGACUGAUGCUGGCUAUAAUUUUCCCCCUUUUGACUUUCAACUUCCUGGUGUGACUAGUAUAUCUGCUGAUACUCAUAAGUAUGGUUACGCUCCGAAGGGAUCUUCAUUAAUUCUUUAUAGAAACAAAAAAUAUCGACAUUAUCAGUACACAAUAACAACAGACUGGCCUGGUGGCAUUUAUGGUUCUCCCACGAUAAAUGGUUCUCGUGCUGGUGGUAUUAUAGCCGCUUGCUGGGCCACAUUAAUGCAUUUUGGAUAUGGUGCUUAUGUAGAGUCUACCAAAAAAAUAAUUGAUACUACUACUUAUAUCGAAAAAAGGUUGAGGAAAUUAGAUGGAAUUUUUAUUUUUGGUUCUCCAGUCACAUCUGUCAUUGCAUUAGGUUCGAAUCAAUUUAAUAUUUAUCGACUUUCGGAGGCUCUUAAUUUCAAAGGCUGGAAUUUGAAUACAUUACAAUUUCCUUGCGGCAUACACAUAUGUAUUACACAUAUACACACUGAACCAGGUGUAGCUGAACGUUUUUUACAAGAUGUCGAAUGUGCAUUGAAAGAAAUUUUGAAGGAUCCACAAAGUGAAGUGGAAGGAAAGCUGGCAAUGUAUGGAAUGAGUCAAAAUAUUCCUGACAGAACUGUAGUAGGUGACUUUACAAGAUACUUCUUAGACACCAUGUAUUAUACUGGUGAUAAUUAAAUAUAACUUUGUAACUUAUAUAAAAAUUAUAUUCACAUAUAUAUUAUUUUGAUAUAAUAUUUCCU